AUGAGAGUCCUUUGUGUCUGCGUCACCCUUGUGGCGGUGAUUCCUCGAUGCAUCUUGGCACAGCCGGUCAGUGGAUCCGGUUCGGUUACUGCAAAAGCUGGAGAUGCUUGGUUGGACGAUGGUUUCAAUUCUGGCGAUGCCGGCCGUGGCCAUGGCCGCGGUGCUCUUGAUGGAGCUGAAGAAGAGUCGACGGACCUCGAUAGGAUCAUGGACGAACACAUUGCUGACUUGGAAGAAAAGCCAAAGACCAUCAAAGACCUCAUGAAAGUCCUGUUAGAUGUUGACUUUACUGUACAUCCGACCCUUGAGAACUUGGUGGAGACCUUCAAGACUAAUGUUGACAUUGCUCUAAAAAAACUCCCCUCUGCUGUUGAACUGGCAAAGGCUUCUGUGGCCGAGGACCGCCUAUCAAGGAAAAAGAAAGAGCUUGCUUCGUCCAUGGGGGCGGAGACCAACAUAAAAACCCGUGCCCUCCGUAGUUCUGCUGCGGCUAAAAAGCCAGAGGCUGACACAGUUGAGACAAGUGACAAUGGCAGUGAAACUGUGCCAAAUGCUGAUGGCCAAGAUGAUGAUGAUGCCUACGAUGGUGAUAUUGGCUCUGACGACGAUGACAGUUUUGACAACUACGAAACUACCAAUGACUACUCGGCAGAUGACUCUGCUGACAAUCUUCAGAACUACACUGGAAAUGCUUACUCAUCAUUCACGUCCUUGAAUUCCACCAGGAAGAAGACAGCAGGUGGCCGUGGCCGUGGCCGAUCUCGUUCGCAUGACCCCUUUGGCAGCCACACAAGCCCCAACCAUCACAGACAGAAAUUCUUUAAGAAAAUUCAACAAGGAAUCUAUGAUGGCAAUCAUGAUCACCUCAUGAGAUUUCUUGGGGGUGCUCAGGCCCAUGACACUAGGGCGCACAGAGAGUUUAUGGACAUCCAGCACAAUAGUCGUCGCCGCCUCAGUGAAGACGAAGAACUGAUGGGACGUCAGUGCAUGCUACUGGCAAAGUGCACGAAGUGCAUGAGCCUGUAUGAUACCAUGGUGUACUUCUAUAGGUAA